CCGGAAGAGGACCCUGGUAGAGCUGCCAGCACCCAGUGGGUCCUGUACCGUGCUGUCUCAGGCCUGACUGGUUCCUGAGUCAGUCUUCGCCAAGGUAAAGCUGCCGAGGAGCCGCGUCUGUGGCAGCGGGGGAUGGCCACCCGCCUAGAAGCUGAGGAUUCAGAGGAGCAAGGUGAAUUGGCCCAAACGGACAUCAGCACUACAGCCGAACUUUUCAAUGAGACCAUCCCGUCCUUCUCUGAUGAGGUACAGAGUUCUGGUUCAUUCAGUUCCUCCGGAGAACUGCAGCCUCGGUCCCAGGACUCUGGGAGCAGGCCUCAGAGUGGAAAGUCCACCACAUGCUUGGGAUAUCAAGAUAAACCAUCUGAACUUUCAGAAAGGAGGUUUAGUUGGAAAAGGAUCAACUAUCUUAAGGGCAAAGAAACUAAUUCAGGACAGUACCAACCAGACACUAGACUUCAAACAGAAAUCACUCAGGUAUCUGAUGAACAGUUGAAUGCCCUGCAGUCUUUUUGCACCAGUAGGGUGAACCUGAUCCAUCACAGAACAACCUCUAAGGAGAAAAAGAGUAGCAGACGUAAAAAGCUGCCACAUAGAUGGGAUGCAGAGGCUUUAGACAUGGGUGCCUUAAACUGUACCGUCCCUGAUGAGCUUAUGAACAGAAUCUGUUUAAAAAACGUGAUGGCAACACUAAAGCAGGUGGCCACAGCUAAGCAACACAUUUCUUCUAGGUGUCUGCACUGUAACAGAAAAAGAGCAGAGCUGGCUCAAUCUGCCUUCCUGAAACGAAAGAAGACUUUACUGGAGUCACUUCUACUCCAAGAGAAAAUAGACGAACAUCUUCAUACGGAAGAUGUUCUUACCCAUAUUGGAGAAGCACACAAGGGCCUUCCCAGGCUUUCAGAUGACCCCAGCAUGAUCUGGAAAAGACUGAAGGAGGAAAGUCAGAAGAGCUACUCUGGGUUUGAAAGAAAAAUAUAUGACAUUGAGCGCCAAUGACUGCUGACAUCACAGAAAGGAAAACAGCCAUGAGUGAAGUGGUUCCUGAUGGAAGAACACAGGCCGGCCCCGAAGCUCCUGGCCAAGAAAUGGAACCUGAACCCAAGCAACGCUUUAGACCCAAAUACCAACGUGUUAAAAAUACAGAAAGCAGUGAAAUAUCCUGGACUAGACCAUGGGACUGCAAUCAGCAAGAUCCAGACAGGAAAAUUCUACAAGACAAAAACCCAGGUGUUUUUUUUCUUCAAUAAAGUGAAAGAUAAAAAUAAGGAGAGAGAAAAAGAAUUCAGAUUCAUAGAUAGAGAAAAGGAUG